AUGAUGGAGUUGAACUUGUCACUCAUGGAGUUGCACGUGGAUAACUGCACCUACCACACGGCGUGGGAUUGGAUCUCAUCCCUUCAGCCUUUGUGGUUAUCAGUAAUCAGCAUCUUGGGGCUGCUGGGGAACGGUUUAGUGCUGUCGGUGUUCUGCCUGCAGAGGAACCCGUGCUCUGUGCCUGACGUGUACCUGGGGAACCUGGCGUUGGCCAACCUGGUCAUGGUUCUGUGUCUUCCCUUCUGGACUGUGACCAUCGCUCAGGAUUACGAGUGGAGCUUCGGACAGAGGCUUUGCAAGCUCAUCAACACGGCCAUUUCCAUGAACUAUUUCUGCAGCAUCCUCUUCCUGGUUCUGGUCAGCGUGGAUCGUUAUUUGGCGCUUGCCAGAACAAUGAGCCGCAGCAGGCUGAGACAGUCAUCCUGGGCCAAGCGGAUCUGCUUGGGAAUUUGGAUUUUUGGAUUCCUGGUUAGUAUUCCGACGUUAAUCUUCCGUGAAGUACACUACUUUCCACAGCUUGGUAUCCAUGCGUGCUACUUGGUGUUCCCUCAUCCUGGAUGGAAGGUCCAGAGAAACCUGAGUAGCAUCGUGCUGGGAUUUGCGAUACCUUUACCAAUCAUUGUGUUCUGCACUUAUCACAUCGUUAAAGCUCUCAAUGACAGCAAUUUCAGGUUCAUCCCUGGAGUCCGGACAGAAAAACGGGCCACGCAUCUCGUGCUAACGGUUCUGGCUGUGUUUCUGUUCUGCUGGACACCACACCAGGUCGUACGCCUGCUGGAUACACUGGAUUAUUAUCAGAUCACGCCCAGAGGAUGUUUAUUUGCGCAUGUCUUAGACAUUAGCGAGCAGUGCUCCACAUACCUGGCAUACGCUGACAGUGCCAUUAACCCGUUCUUGUAUGUGGUCGUCGGGAAACACUUCAGGAAACGAGCUAAAGGUGUGUUGAAACAGUUUAUCAGUCCUGGACAGAAGGACAGCACUCCUAACAGCACGCUAGCUAGCAGGUUCAGCGAGAGGCGGAAAGACUCCUCAGUCAUUGAUAAGAGAGUGAUUGUGUCUGUGCACAUCUUACCAAGAUAA